AUGGGCAGUGGCCGCUGGCAGCAUUCAUCGAGUUCGGAUGUACACCACGCCGAACUCGGCCAGGCAAACUUUUCAAUAGCCUCAGCUCAGUUCCAGAAGACCAGUUUUGAGGCACCAGUUCCCUCGUCGUCAGACUUCUGCUCUGCACGUCCACCCUCAUCACCAACUAUUCCUAGUCCGGCAGAUAGUAUUGAUCUCCAGUCCACCCAGGGAGGCUCUGCCCAACCAACUCCCUGCGACUCAACCAAUCUUCCAUCUUCGGCUCCUUUCUACGCCCUCAAGCUAUCCUCCGGAGCCAGUGACAGCGAGACCUCUCUUUGGUCACCUCUCCCAAGUCCAAAACCAUAUGUUUUCACUGAGACCGGCGGCAGGUCCGAUCCCAACAGCCUCAAUCUUACCACCUCGCCCGAAAUCAAGGACACGCCUCUUAAAGACUCAAAAAAGUCCUCAGAGGACGAUUCGGGCAUGGAAUUGCCUUACGAGCCCAUUAUUAUGGCCUUUCUAGGUCUGCCGCUGUGGUUAAAGAGUCUUCGUCUGCACAAGUAUGUGGGUCUCUUUCAACGGCUGACCUACCGAGAAAUGUUUGGUAUCACUGACGAAUGGCUGCAGCGUCAUCACGUGACACAAGGUGCGAGAAACAAAAUACUCGUCAGCAUUAAUAAGCUCUCCAGUAGGUCAGCCACGCUUAAGCGUCUGGAGCACGAAAUGGCCGACUGCAUUGGUUCUGCUGAUCAGGUACCCACUUUGCGAGGCUUCCUUGCUGAGCUACGCAGCAUCUUGCAGACGCCAAUCGCCCCACCAUCGGCUGAUGAAGUAGACGUCGAGGAGGAAGAAGAGGACGAGGAGGAGGACAUAUUCGGCAACGAGGUCAGUGAAGAGGACGACUUCGGUGAUGAAGAGGACAAUCCAGAAAUUUUAGACCAACGAGACUUCCUCAGUGAGGCCUUCCACCGCGCCUCACGGCCCCAUCUGCUGCCCAGGCAGCACAAAUUUGCUGUUGACAGAGAUGAUAUAGCAUCUGGAGGUGGCGUUCUCUCCCGUAUUACCUUUAACAACUCAGACACCUGUCUUCAUCAACCCAAGUUUUCUUCAGAGAGACUAGAGGGAGCCUGUCUGCGCCCUGCUACCUCUAUUCUCCGACGCAAGUCCAGUGAAGAUGUCUACUUCUUUGAACAAGACCCUCCAGCUCGCCGUAACAGUGAGUUAUCCAUAGGUCGAACGAGAAGGCCGUGCAAGCAACAUUCUCACAAGCAACUAGAUUCCGCUGUUGGUGCUGCCGUUGACUGUAAUAGUCGGAUGCUGCAGCUUGCCAGGGCUGAUCGACGUAAACUUCAGUCUGCACCCAAACCCCUCUUACUAACAACGGCUGAGAUGAAUGCUGCGGCUAUUCCGUCAGAGCCCGAAAACCUUCCCGAGCAAAUCAUCAGAUGCCUCUUCCAAGGUUUCACCGCUCUUCUAAAUGGUGCGAAAAGUGACCAGGAUAAUUACGCUUCAUUUGUUCAAUUAUUGACCGUCGUCCUGGAUCACUCCUCUUUUACCAAGGAACAGAAAUCCCUUGCUUCCGAAUGGCAGACGAAGCUUGUGGAUGCCCUGGGUCCGGCUCCUCUACGCCGGUCCUACAGAAACACACGGCCCUCGCGUCGACCCACUCAGUAUCACCCCUCCUUCCGGUCCAACUUUUGCGGUGUCCGUCAGCCCUCAUUUUCGCUUCCUUACAUGCCCCGUCCACAGUAUCGUUUACAUAGUCUACCACUGCCG